AUGUUCAAUAAUGAUGCUUUGAGAUGCAUAAUUGCUCUUACGAGGGUCUUAAUUGUAACCGUUGGUAUUUCGAGCUCCAACGUAAACAAGCCCACAAGAAAAUCAUAUAAAAUUUUUGGUUCAGACAUUAUUUUGAUAAACACAAGACGUAGCAGUAUUGUUCUCAUCUAUGGCUUUUGCAAUCCACAAGUGCAUGAAUGA